AUGGACAAGAUAUCCAGCACUGAAUUCGGGAAGUUACAUCUCAAAGCUAAGUACCAAAUGAACUCCCCCAACAUGCUCAUACAACCAGAAAGGAUUGAUGAGUUUCUCAACUCCAACAUGCCCGCUGAAUCAGUCACCAUGAAUAGGAACACCUUCAAGCAAGCCAUCAGCGAGUUCAGCUUGGCCAUCAAUGAAGCAGUGGUAAAUCUUACCUUCAAACUGUCUCAAGGCGGCAAGCAGCCAACGAUCAGCACAGGUGCACCAGCAAGAGCACAGAGCACACGUGCAGCUGCGGCAGAAAAACAGAGCAGCUCGGCAGCAACAAAAGACGAAGAUGCUGAGUUCGAAGAUAAAAGUGACACACCCUUCGGGGGGGAUCUCGAGUACGCUGAGGAGUCUGAAGACGAGCCCAUUGUUAAUUGUGAGCGCAUAUCCAAAAGAAAACAAGAUGAUGGGGAAAGGGUCAGGAAAGUAGUAGUGAGGAAUUGGAAGAUUAUGCCGAUUCAGAUUCUAGCAACGAUCGGGGAGAAGAUGGGGGAGAAGAUCGGGAAGACGAGCCUAUUGUUAGUAGGGAUAUAAAUGAGGGAUCUCAACUUGCUUGCAACACCCAGUCGCUAGACAUUGAUAUCACCAGCUUUACUAC